AGAGAGAGAGAGAGAGAGAGAGAGAGAGAGAGAGAGAGAGAGAGAGAGAUGGGAGAUAGAAACCCUGGCGUGGAUUCUCCCACAACAAAUGGAGGAGAUGGAAGGUACAGCUACAGCAAAAAUUCCCAAUACCAGAGACUAGCCACUAACAUCAUGAGCGAAAAGAUAGACGCCGUGAUAACGGAGAAAUUCGAUGUUGCGAGUCUAUCCUCUACUUCCCAUGCAAUCCGACUCGCCGACCUAGGAUGUGCCACUGGUCCCAACACGAUCUUAGCGAUGCAAAACAUCGUGCAAAUCUUGCAAAGGAAGUUCAAUUCCCAAUGCCCUAAUUCUCGAACCCUGCCUGAGUUUCACGUGUUCUUCAACGACAAGAUCUCGAACGACUUCAACACCCUCUUCGCGACCCUCCCCUCCCAUAAGCCCUACUUCGCUGCAGGCGUUCCCGGCUCUUUCCACACCAGAUUGUUCCCCAACGCGUCCCUUCACUUCGUGUACUCCUCCAUCGCGCUGCACUGGCUCUCCGAGGUCCCAGAGAAGGUGACGGACCGGGACUCGGCAGCAUGGAACAAAGGUAGGGCUCACUACACUAGUGCCCCGGAAGAAGUGGUUAAAGCUUAUGCAGAGCAGUUUGCCAAGGACAUGGAGGAAUUUUUGAGGACCAGGGCUGACGAGGUAGUGAGCGGAGGGAUGAUGGUGAUUAUCAUGCCGGGAAUUCCACAUGGUAUGCCUCAUCGGCGAGUUCCAAGCGGGAUUAUGUAUGAUGUUAUGGCUUCUAGUCUCAUGGACAUGGUGAAUGAAGGUCUAGUCAGUGAAGAUAAAGUGGCUUCCUUCAACUUGCCACUGUAUGCACCCUCGCCGGAGGAGAUGACUACCCUGGUGACCAAGAAUGGCAACUUCACCAUUGAAGCGAUGGAGCUGACAAACCCAUCGCCCAACAUGAUCGGUCCCAUCGACGUCCGUGGAUGGAUGGUGCAUGUGAGGGCGGCGAUGGAAGGCAUGCUUGCGAAGCACUUCGACAAGAACACAAUUGCCGAGUUGUUCAAUCGAUUGGUUCGGAAGCUGUCCGGCGAGUGCUCUCAAGAACUCGAAGCGUCCUACAGAGAAGGCAUUCAGCUCUUCACCGUUUUGAAACGCAGAUAAAGUAUCGAUAACGAUGGAUGGGUAGUUGCCUGUGUGCUUAUGGAUGUUGAUUGCUCGAUCUUUGUCCGAUAGCAGUUGAUUCCCUACGCUUGUCCUUUAUUCCCUACUCAAGAUUCGCUUGUGAAAAAAUGUUUGUCUUGUGGUGGAAGGUUGUGCUCUAUUUUCUACUU